AUGUCAUCGGUUGCACCAGUGCAUCACCAACGCGUCGACCGAGGGUUCGGAUCUCGGGAUGCCCAGAGACUGACUGGCAGCCUGCCACGUCUAUCAGACUAUCUGCCAAGUGUCUUGCCUCUCUCUGCAGAGAAGCCCACUGGCAGGCAUUCCUCGACUCCUUCCAUGUGGCGUGGCGUCUCGCCGCGCUUGUUUCGCCUCCAUGUCUUGAGUCGCCCACUCACUAACAUCGUCUAUCCUCGUCCAGUUUUUACUCGCCCGAGGACCGGGACACCCUGCCAAGCCGGUCUCAGGACCGAUACUCACAGGCCCGGUCUCACAUCACCUCAUCAUUCCAACCCAUUCAGUGAAGCACUCAUCCACCCAUCAGCCACUGGUCCAGUAUUCCGCUCCAGCUCUCGCGCUCCCAUAGACAGCCCAAACCGACCCGUUGUUCGGGUUGGUCCUAUCAUUCAACGGCAAGGUACCGACAAGACAACUCAUCGCCCCAAUCUUGCUGAGGUGCAGAGUUUCACAACCGCCUCCUGUGUCUUGUCGUCGUCCCGCCUCAACUGCUGCGCCGUCUCAUUACCUGCCAUCCUCAUCGAACUAUCUCAUCUCCCCACCUCGCUGAUUCAUCAUCCACAAUCAUCAACAUCAUCAAACCACUCCAUCACAAAUACUCUCGCGUCGACUUUCCAGCUUCCCGCUUUUUGA